AUGUCCGAUCUAUUGAGAUUAAGGGUGUACCUGGAUAGCUCCGUGAUUGAUCAUAUCGAUAAAACAAUAGAUCCCCGUUUGGGAGUAUGGAUAUUUGUUGUAAAAGAUUCAUACCAAACUAUAUCGGAAAUAGAAAUGCGGUCAACGAACUGCCGCCUGCCUCUGGAAGCCCCAGUAAAGGUAUUACUUGACGCGCAGGAAAUUACGAUAUGUCUGAUAAGCAGUGGUGAUGGCGACGCAGACCGGUGCGCUCAUGCGAAGAGGCGCCGUCAUCAUUCCACUCCGCCGAAGCACCAUACUCCAUUAUCAGUGCCAUUUUCGGCGUCACCUGGCGACGAGAAGUCUACGGCUGACGCAGCCAUUCAACGAAUGCGGAAGCGAUUUCGCAGAAAAGAUGUUCCGGACUGGGCACUGAGCAAGUUGCCGGAGACGGUCUUGGUAAGCGACAAGGGGAUUCCGCAGAGUGGCAUUGAAGGAGUAACAUGGAAAGUAUCUGCAUCCAAGAUCGGGUGGCAAGCAAGGUUCAAAAAUGAAAGGGCGAUGUUUUCGUUGGACCAAUAUGAACACGCCGAAGCCCUUGAGCUGGCUAGAAAAUGGUUACUGGAUCAAAAAAGUCUAGAGAGGGACAACUCAGAAAGGGCCGUCAAAGACGAAGAUAGCUGCGAGGAAUCAGAGAGCUCAUUCAGCGGAGAUGGCACCAAAGAAAGAUCACAAGUUCGCGGGGUCGCCCUCUGUAAAGGAUCUUGGAAAGCGCGUUGGCGGGACUCAAAUGGUCGACAACGCAUGAAAACCUUCGGACCCGGUCUUCAGGACAAACUGGCGGCGGAAAAAUUCAUAAAGGAAGUUCGAGCCACACUCCAAGGGAAAAAGAUGCAACCUAUUUCUGUUCCAACUACGACCGAUUUCAAUAUCCUGUCCUGUGCGUCCGAAGAUUUCUUUCCGGAGACUUCUUCCUCCUCAAAUGUCCUUUUGAAACAAGAGGAUACAAAGGAGGUCCUGGCUAGUCUGUUGAACGGGUAG